UUGGGCGAUUUUCGAGCGAUUUUCGACCAGUUCUUCACCUCUUCUUCUUCUCUUCGUUUCUGACUUGGGUGGUGCUUCGAUUUGAAGAGAUUUCAUUUGGAUUUGAAAGGUCUGUUUCCCCUCUUUUCUUCAAAAUCUUGACUUUUGGCAACCUGUGACUGUGCAUGCAGCAUUUCAGUUGUAUUUGUCCUAUUUUUUGUCGAUUUCAUGUUCAAAAUCUUAACCUUCCUCUUGGAUUUCAAUGUAGAUCACAUACUCAUCAUGUCGCCACGUAGAGCUCGAGGGAAGGGAAUCCGACCGACUGUUCAGAGCCCUGAGGAGGCUGCCCCUGCUGCACCCUCACGUGGAGAGAGUCAAGAAGAGGGAGAAUAUCGAGUUGGAGCUGCUUCUCCUGGAGGUAUGGAGACUGAGGAGACCAGCUUCGUCCAGCAAAUGCAAGAUGUUCUGAAAGAAGGACCAGCUGACGUUCCACCCACUCCUGACGUUGAUCCAUCAGCUGCGGACACAGGUACUGAUCUUUCUCCUCUCGGAAGAGAAAUCCGAGAAAUGAAUGAGUCGGACCGUGUGCCUCCUCUAAUGACCUGUGCGCUUUCUCUCCUUUUAGUCAAAUUAAAAGAAGCAGGUACCAGUAGUGGAGCUCUCGAAUCAGCCCCGACCAACGAAGGUAAAAUUAAUUGUCUUUUUGAGCAAAUUCGUCUAAAUUUAUGUGUCAUUUACGACUCAACACAUUUUGUAGAUGUCACAAUGCACGAAUCUGUUGGAGGAGAGACCACGCAUACAACAGAGGUCGAGGAAUUCAAUGAACAUCACCUCGAUUUCAAUCUCUCUGAAGGCGACCAUGAGUAUAUCUCCGACUUACUAUCGGGGAAAACUCCUGGUGCAGCCACGGAAUCCAACGUUGGAGUCGGUCCAACAGAAGCAGGUCCUUCUGAAAGACCAGUUGCUGGAACUGAUACUACUAUAAUCAUUGGUACGUCUGAUCGACUGGAGAGUAGUGAACUUGUGCCGUGGACAAGAACCGAAGUUGAUUUGCAAUCAUCAGUUCUUGAACCUCAACCUUCUACUCCUAUGGACCCCAUGAUGAUAGAAGUCACUGUCACUCCCCAGAUUAGUCCAGUUGCAACAAAAGCGAGACCAACUGAAGAAGUUGGUACAUCGGCCGAUGUUGUGACUAGAAUUGAAUCUCCUCUUAAAGAGUCUCUUAGUUUGGACCCGCCGUCCUCUGAGACUUUAGUUGAAAAAGUCCCUGAUGUAGCGGGUGCAUCAACAGCUACCAUUCCUGAACCAAUCUUGACUGUUCAGGAAUCCAGAUUAUCAUCCUUGAGCGAACCAAGUCAUGCUGAAGGUUCUUCCGUCGAAUUUGUUCCUUCAUCAUUAUCAACUCAAAUCCAAGCGUUAUUGGUUGAUGACGAUCCGGACAAGUCUGUUAUCUGCUCUAAUCUCCAAGGCUUCAUCUCCUUUUUGAACUCUAUGGUCGAUCGCAUUCUCUUCAAAAGAUCGUAUUUUGAGAAUUAUAAAAAAUCUUUUGAGCGUUUUAUAUCAGGGUUCAGAGAGGAAGGGUAUAACGACUUAGCCGAUUCAGUCACCGCUUAUUUGGUUGAUUUGAGGCAACAUAUUGAACUUCUGCAAACUCUUCGCACCAAAGGCGUACCUUUUUACAUCGCUUCUCAUAUGGAAUCCAGGCUGCAAGCGUGGCGUAAUUCUCAAGAAUCUGCCAACUCUGAACUCCAACAAUUAAGAGCCCAUAGUCACCAGCUUAGGGUGAAUAUUGGCAAAAGGACACAAGCCAAGGUCAACCUACGCCGAGAUAUAAAAUCGAGUCGAGCGGAAAUAGCUCGCUUAGAGGAGGAACUUGCAAUGGCCAAGGAUGCUCUUGAUGUCUUGGAGUCUGAGUUGACGCAGGAAAUUCAUGUUGAGGAAGACCUGUUACAGCAACUGAACUUUCAAGAUAAAAUAAUUGCUGAGAAGGAACAAGAGGUCGCCGCGCUUCAAAGUGUUGAUGAAGAAGCUUUCAAAAUUAAAUUGACGGCUGAGCUUGAACAGACUUAUGCGUUAGAGCUGUCAAAACUUGAAAAUCAAAUUAGUCAAUAUAAACUCUUGUAAUCGGAGAACAUUAUAUUUUUGUUUGUAGCUUUGUUUGAAAAUUCUUGGUCAAUAUAGUGAACCUUUUUGCUCAUUAUAUUGAAUCUUUUUGCUCAUUGAGGUUUUUUAUUAUGAUUACUCAU